AUGACAACAAUGCAAAGACAAGUCGGGUACCAGAGCUCCCUCCUCACUGACGGGGACUGCUUCGACAUGUGGCAUGACUACAUGAACCUGGGCAGACAACUGGAGAGGCUGUGCGGCAGGCGCGAGGUGGACCGCAGAGACACCGAGGGGCCGAAAAAAGAACCUGCAGGACCGUGGAGCCACGUCCAGGCCUCGUCUCGGCGGGAGGUGUACAGCAACUCCACAGAGACCAGCUCAGCCAGCAGUCUGUCGGAAACCAGCUGCAGCGGGACUUCCUCAGACUACUGCCGCUUCUGCAAGCAGAACGGGGAGUCUCCAAGGGUGUACCGGUCGCACAAGCUGAAAUCUGACGACGGCAAAGUCAUCUGCCCCAUCCUCCGGAACUACACCUGUCCCAUCUGUGAAGCCAGCGGGGACUACGCACACACACGCCGCUACUGCCCGCAGGCGCAGUUGCGGGAGGCUGCGAAGACGCUGCCAAGGUCCAGGUUCUGGUAG